ACUCAUUUCGCCGGAAUGGGGAGGAGCGUGCUGGUUGUCAUCUCUGGUGCUCUCAGCGACUGGCAGGGCAGAGGUGUCAGCAGAACACAGGAGCAUGAAACAUCACUGCUACCUAUCGUGCAUUCUCAUUCCUUUUGACAAAAAACCUUCAAACAUCUAACGAUUUCUGCGGCUUGAGACUUCGAAUGUGUAUCAGGCAAGAUGGGAAAUGUUGUGCGUGGUGCCGUCGCCUUCAUCCCCUCCGAGCGAUGUCAACGCUACUUAGUAGGAGAUUUAAAAGAAAUGCCCCUUGAUCGAACCCUGGACCUGAGCAGCCGUCAGUUACGUCGCCUUCCCAUCAGAGCAUCUGCUUUUAGCGAAUUAGUCAAACUUUACUUGAGUGACAAUCACCUCACCAACCUGCCACCAGAACUUCGAAACCUCCAAAAGCUUCAGCUCCUGGCUCUGGAUUUCAACUGUUUUGAGGAACUCCCUCUGGUUGUCUGCAAUCUUAUGCAGCUUAACAUUCUCUACCUUGGCAAUAACCAGCUUUAUGCACUUCCCAAGCAGAUCCGGCAGCUCACCGAACUUAAAACGUUGUGGCUGGAGACUAACUGCUUUACCAAGUUCCCUCAAGUAGUCUGUGACCUUCCCAACAUCAAGACGCUCCACUUGGGCUAUAAUCAGCUACGUAGUUUGCCCGGAGAGCUCGGGCGACUGGAAGAGCUACGCAGCAUCUGGUUAGCGGGGAACUUGCUGAAUGAGUUCCCUCCCGUGCUACUGAAGAUGCAUUACUUAGAGGUGAUUGAUGUGGACCGAAACCGUAUUCAAUAUUUUCAAUCUCUUGCCCAUUUGAGAGGGUUGAAGCUUGUUAUCUAUGACCACAAUCCUUGUGUUAAUGCACCGGUGGUGGCUGAAGGUGUGAGACGGGUGGGCCGGUGGGCAGACUGCUCGGAUGAUGAAGAAGGGGAGAGUGAAGGAAUGACUGACAAGGCCGCCAUGAAGGUGCAGGGGGCACUGGAAGACAACAAAUGAAGAUUUGGGAAACAGAAGUGACGAACCAAAACCAGAAAGGUUCAAUGGAUUUGAUGUGCAAAUAUGCAUUUUUGAGAUAUCGCAGAGGAACACUGGUCAAGGUGUUUGUGGAAAUGACCUUGGAAAUCAAGUGAUCAAAAUUGCUUUACAAAAGCAUAGUUUUUGUAGUAAUAAUAUAGCCUAGUAGGCCUAUAUUCUUUCAUCAAUAUUGUUAAGUAGAAUAUAAGAUUUUACAAAAGUAUUGUUUUUAAAGUAAUAGUAUAGGCUAUUAUUUGUUUUUUUGUGAGAAAGUAGAAAGCAAGAUUUUAUAGCAAACGAUUUGGACAAUGCAAAUUUAUACAUCAUUAAUUUGUGGUUAUGUAAUUGUUUUAGUAUUUAGCAUUCUUUGUUUAUGGUACAUUUCUAUUAAAUAGUUCCAAAAUUGCAGCAAGGGUUUGAAAGUAAUCUCAGUAAUAUAAAUAUAACCAGUUGUCUCUCUCUCUCUCUCUCUCAAAAAAAAUCUUCAGUGAGGUCGACCAUUCCUUGUCAAAGAUAAAUUGUAAAAUUCUAACAAUGUACCCUGCUCAUCAAUUAUGUAGAGUUCCUGUAACAUAUUUGGGUCUCCAUUUUGAUGUAAGACUCUUAAUAGGUUUUUAUAAUCCUCUGUAGCUUCUUCUUUGUAGUCAAGCAGGUCACUGGCUUUACAAACUGAACAUGAAGAACUUGACUAGAACUUGGUAUAUUUAAACUCCUUAUUUCUAAGAAAAAAACAAAGUAUUUGACAUUGUAUUUUCUUAACAAUCGUUAUCACAAAAAUUAUGUCCGAAUUCACAAAGGAAGGAUUGUUUUACAAUAAAUGUUUAUAAAUUGCA